AAUCCAUCGGGGGGGCGUCUCCGGGAGGUUUUUUUUGUGGGGCAAGGGAUCUUAGGAUCUUCCAGGACCCAAAAGCUGAGCCACAAAUUACCCUUGGGGGGGUCCCGUGUCCCCUGUCUCUGCGGGUAGAGAGGCGAUAUCGGGUUUAGGGACGCCAGGGAGAGCCGGGGGGGAACGCGGGAGCCCCGAAGAGGGCAGAGCGCAGAGGGGCGAUCACACACCUGGGAUACCCCGGCAGCCUGGAGGGUUGAAGGAAGCCAGAGAUGAACGGAGUCCGGACACCCCUAGGCUGAAAGGGGCGCUGACUUCUCCAGCUGCACCUGGGCAGUGGGACCAUCAAACCCAACGCAUUCAGCCCUUGUUUUCCCCCCCAAAGAAGGAUUUCCUGUUCCUAAACCUUGGCCGGAUGGAGGAAGAGGAGGCUGGGAGGAAGAAGAUGGCCUGGGAGCCUCAGACAGACACUGAGCUGAGGGCGGAGACCAGGGACGAUGAGUCACCACAGCAGAACCUCAUGGAUGAGGCCGUUUUGAGCAGUUCCACAGCACAGGAAUCCAACGUGGAGGAAAAUCCCCGGAGAUCCCGCACAAGGAAGGGCUGCAAACGUAGCCCAGGGAGGUCAGAGGAGGAAAGAUCCACCCUGGGACAGGAUGGCGGCCAGAGCUCAGAGUUGGGGGUCCCCGAGCAGCUUUGCAAUGGGGAGAAGCCCCACAGGUGUGGGAAAUGUGGGAAGAGCUUCAGCCGAAGCUCAGGCCUGAUCCGCCACCAAAGGAUCCACACUGGAGAAAGGCCUUACGAGUGUGGGGAGUGUGGGAAGAGCUGCAGAGACAACUUUGACCUGAUCAACCACCAGAGGAGCCACACGGGGGAACGGCCAUAUGAGUGUGGGGAAUGUGGGAAGAGCUUUCAGAGAAGCUCCACUCUUCUGAAGCAUCAGCGGACACACAGAGAUGAGAGGCCCUAUGAGUGUCCCAAAUGUGGGAAGAGGUUUCAGACAAGCACCCAUCUCCUCACACAUGAGCGGAUUCACACAGAUGAGAGGCCCUUCCGCUGCCCCGACUGCAUGAAGGGCUUCAAAUGUAACACCGACCUCAUCAAGCACCGGCGCAUCCACACCGGGGAGAGGCCCUACGAGUGUGAGGAGUGCGGGAAGAGAUUCACCCAGAAGUCGAACCUGAUUGUCCACAAGAGGACCCACACCGGCGAGAGGCCCUAUGAGUGUGGACAGUGUGGGAAGAGAUUCAGCCAGAGCUCUGAACUGAUGCUUCACCAGAGGAUCCACACUGGGGAACGGCCUUACGAGUGUCCCGACUGUGGGAAGACCUACAGCCGUAACGAUCACCUGAUGAUCCACCAGAGGAGCCACACCGGGGAGCGGCCCUACGAGUGUGGGGAGUGCGGGAAGAGGUUUCAAAGUAGCUCAGGUGUCCUCAUACAUCAGCGGAUUCACACGGAUGAGAAGCCCUUCCGCUGCCCUGACUGUGGGAAGGGAUUCAAGCACAACUCCACCCUCAUCACCCACCAGCGCAUCCACACUGGGGAGAGGCCCUACAAAUGUCCCCAGUGUGGGAAGAGCUUCAGCCAGAGGUCAGCCUUGACCCAACACCAGGGGAGGCACCACUAUGAAAGCCCUGUGAGUGCCCCAAGUGUGGAAGGAAUUUCGUGCACUGCUACAAUUUUAUGCCCCGUGGCAGUAUUUGUGCUGCAUGAUGCCCAGUGGGCACAGCCUCACCCCUAUCCCCUCUCACCGCCCCCCCCCUCACGUGACCAGGGAGACCCCGCGCUGCUCCCGCCCACCAAUCCCAGCGCGCGAUCACUCCUGUAUUUGCAUAACCACGCCCUUCGGUUUGGCCCCGCCCAGCGCCGGCUGCAGCCCCUGUCCCCAUGCCACCUUCUUGAGGACAAAGGCCAGGUGCUCCAGGAGGUCCCUGCCGGUGUAGAUGGCCUGGGUGUCAUUGGCACCGUCCUCAUAGCCCUUGAGGAACAGGUGCUUGAAAGCCACCGUGUUGUCCUCCUUGAAGGCCACCACCAGCUGGUUGCUGAGCCCAAACAAGAUCAGCUGAGGACAAAGGCCACCUCUGUCAUGACCUGUCCCAUCAUGGUGACACUGUCCUACGGUCCCGGUCCCCAUUCCCGCUCCCUGUCCCCUCUCACCGGACGCCGCCGCCAUCGCUCCGGCCCCCCGCCCGGCCCUCACAUAACUGAGCAAACCCCGCGCUUCUCCCGCCCACCAAUCCCAGCGCGCAGUCGCAUCCUUAUUUGCAUAACCACGCCCUUCAAUUUGGCCCCGCCCACCGCCGGCUGCAGCCGCGUCCGGGCGCCGUUUGCUCCCAGUUCCCUCCCAGCGCUCCCAUCUCGGGAUCGUUGCCAGUAUUCUCACUGUCGUUCCCGGUGCUCCCAGUAUCACUACCAGUGCCGCGCGGGGCGGGGCCGCUUUGGGAAACCCCCCCCCCCGCCCAGGGCAGAGCACGACUGGUUUUGGGUGUCGGCACCUGCCCGGGUCGGGCUGGGAGUGGAGAAGGAGCGGGAGGAAGACGAGGGAGAGAGGAGGAGGAAGAGCAGGAACAGGAGGAAUAGGAGCAGCAGCAGCAGAACCAAGCGGUUCCCCUGCCCGCCUGCUCAGGCCGCAGCUCCCCCGGCUCCAGCAGCAUCGCACCCCCAGAACCCACAGCAGGAUUUCCCAUUCCCAAACCUUUGCCUGAUGCAGGAGGAGGCUGCAAGGAAGAGAAAGCUGGCCCGGGAGCCGAAGGCAGACAAGGAGCUCAGGACAGAGACCAGGGAGGACAAAUCCCCACGGCAGAACCUGGUGGAAGAGGCCGUUUUGAGCAGCUCCACAGCACAGGAAUCCAACGGGGAGGAAAAGCCCUGGAGAUCCCGCACGAGGAGGGGCUGCAAACGCAGAUCACAGGGAUCCGAGGAAGAAAUACCCACCCUGGGCCAGGGAGGUGGACGGAGCUCAGAGCUGGGGGUCAGUGAGCAGCUUCAGGAUGGGGAGAAGCCCUACAAGUGCUCGGAAUGUGGGAAGAGCUUUAGUACGAGAUACUCUCUAUUGCGCCACUGGAGAAUCCACACGGGGGAGAGGCCCUACGAGUGUGGGGAGUGUGGAAAGAGCUUCUUCGAGCACUCCAAGCUGAUUGUCCACCAGAGAAUCCACACAGGGGAGAGGCCCUAUGAGUGUGAUAAAUGCAGGAAGAGAUUUCAGAUCAGCUCCACUCUCGUCAGGCAUCAGCGGAUUCACACAGAUGAGAGGCCCUUUCUCUGCCCUGACUGUGGGAAGGGAUUCAACCGUAAUUGCACCCUCAUCAAGCACCGGCACAUCCACACUGGGGAGAGGCCCUACGAGUGUCCCGAGUGUGGCAGGAGCUUCUCACAGAGCUCUCACUUGACCCAACACCAACGGAGGCACCACAAAGGAAGCCCUGUGAGUGCCCUGAGGGCAGGAAGAGCUUCGUGCACUGCUCCAGCUCCAUCCCCCACGGGAGGAUCUUUGCUGGAUGAUUCCCAGUGACCCCCGGAGGGCAGAGCCCCGGUGAUCCAUGGUGCUGGUGAUCCAUGUUGGGAAGACACCUGCUGGGGGUGCUCCACAUUCUCCUGGCUCUCUGUAGUCACCUGAACUCAUCCACAGACCAAUAUCAGAAAUCCAUUGUGUAAAGUGGAUUUGCUCACGUCUGACUGCAGAAAAAUCUCACCUUUUGCGUCAUCUAGUGGCAUUGAGCAAAACAGGACAGACUUGCAGGUCUUCUCCAACAUAAAUCCAUUGUUUUAGUUCUCCAUGGCCCACGGCUGUCUUUCACGGCCAAAUGGGGACAGACUGGGGCCAAACCCCUGAUUUUGGAGACAGUGGGAUGGAAACCCCUCCAAAAAAGGUUCUUUCCACCCACCCAAGCACAUGGAUGCUCUGCUGGCAGGGACAUGUAAAUAAUUUUGUUUUGGCCUUGAUUUUCUUUUCCCUUCUCUUCAUCCCUUUGAAACUCCUGAAACUGGAGUAAAAAUAAAGACAUUGAACUAAGGCAUGGAUGGGGGCAUGGGAGGACAAUGACAUGGGUGGGGACAAAGGGGGGACAUGGACAUAGAUGGGGACAUGGGCGACACAGACAUGGAGAGUGACAUGGGGGCGAUGCCCUGAGUUUUAGCUUUCAUAUUUUUCAGAUUCUGUACUGCCUUGGUGUGUAACUCUGGACUUCAUAUUAAUUGUUCAUAAGUUCUCUUCACAGAGUAGUUAAACAAAAUGAUCCUUUUCCAGCUUGAGGAUCCAAGGACAGCUGUUAUGGCCUCGGGCCCAAAAAGCAUAAACAGUGAAUUGAAGGGAGAAGACAAGGAGGAUGGGACUUCGUAACCUGAAGCUGUAAUUGGACAACUUACCCCAAUAUGUAAAUAGUUAUUUAACAAACCAUUAUUUAUGGAAGUGUGAAAAACUUAUAAAAGUGUGAAAACUCGUGACCAGUGGUCCAUGUUGCAUCCAUCUUGGGCAGAGCCCCGGCCAGGCUCUUGUACUGCCCAAGGUAUAUCCUUUAAAGGCCUUUUAAUAAAUACCUGCUUUAUUCCUUUAA